UAUAUUUAACUUGGAUGUACAAUCGUUCUCUCUCGUCUGGCUCAGCCACAACACAGCCUCCUCUCGUUCGUCAUCCAAACCCUAAAUUAACCUUAACCCCGACAUUUCUUGUCCAAAUCUACUUUGUCAUCUUCGAUUCACCAUCUUCUUCUUUCCCCGGAAAAUAAUUCUCGGAAAAUUACCGUUACUCGAUCAUCACUUAAAAUCUUAUCGAUUUCCUUUUAUUUUCCCCAAUUUUAGUCGAUUGAAAAUCUUGAUUUUGCAGCACUUUACCUAGAAGAAUUUUGUGUAUAUAUAUAUAUAUAUAGAGAGAGAGAGAGAGAGAGAUAGACCUGAGAAUUAGACAAAGGUUGUUAGGUGAAGUGGGAUUUGUGUUUACGCAAGCAAAAAAGAAAGAAAGAAGAGAAUGGUGGGAGGUGGAAACAGGAAGGAUGAACAGUUGGUGAUAAGCAACAAUAACGUUUUUGCGGCUCUUGGAACACUAAGGAAGAAGAAGAGUAAGUCUGAUAAGGAUUCUAAAGGGAAGAGCGCUGCUUCAUCUUCUAGAAAUGGGAAGCAGGCAGACAAGGAUCCUGAGCCUGUUUUCUGGGCUCCAGCACCAUUGACUGUUAAAUCGUGGGCAGAUGUUGAUGAUGAAGAUGAUGAUGAUUACUAUGCUACUACAGCUCCGCCCCAAGCUGUUUGGGGAGCUGAUACAACUGCUAAUCAUGGCAAGGCAAAGCAAACUGCUGUAACUACACUCGAGGAAAGUGAAAGUGAAGAAGAAGGCCUUGAUGAAGCUGAUGAUGAUAACGAGGAAGAACACGAGCAGGAACCUGAUUUACCAGAGGAAAAGGAGCCAAUUGUUAAGAAGCCUGCUGAAAAUGUGGCACCCAAAGAGUCGGAAAGGCAGCUUUCAAAGAAGGAACUUAAGAAAAAGGAACUUGCUGAGCUUGAAGCUAUGCUUGCUGAAUUUGGAUUAAACAAAGUUGAGAGCAAUGAUGAUUCACAAGGUGCUGCACAGGAUAAGGUGGAAAAACCAAAUGGAGAGAUGGCUAAGAAAGAUGAUAAUGCUCCUGGGGAGAGCAAGAGUGCAAAGAAGAAGAAGAAGAAGGAUAAAUCAACAAAGGAGUCUAAAGAGCAACAUGAUCAAUCCAAUGGUGUUGAGCUUGGAAAUGGGACAAAUGAAACAGUGGCAACCGAGAAGGGAGAAGAUGCACCUACUGUUGCUGCGAAGGACAAGAUAAAGAAAAUGGCAUCUGUUAAGAAGAAAAAAUCAAGCAAGGAGGUAGAUGCUGCUGCCAAAGCUGUGGCUAGUGAGGCUGCAGCAAGGAGUGCAAGGUUAGCUGCUGCAAAGAAAAAGGAGAAGAACCAUUACAACCAGCAACCCCUCCGGUGAAAUGUUUCUUAAAUUGGAAGUGAGCAUGUAUCUUCUUGUUCAUUUGUUUAAUGCACAAUAAAACAUCAGAAUCUGGUUCAAUGGAGAUAGGCUUUUGGCGUAGUACAUUUUAUUUUACCA